UUUUAAAAAAAGUAAUAGUACUACAUCAAAGAUUAAAAAACGUCUAUUAUGGAUAUCAUGUGAUUUGCGCUAGAAUAGUGAUUUAUUUAUUUCCUAUAUAUUUUCUUUCGGUUAGAUUUCCGUGAAGUUUAAAAGCAAUCCAUCAUGGCCGCCAAGGAGGCGGAACAAACGGAAAUUGAAGUAGAAAAUGAAGAAUUACAAGAAGAUAUCGCUCCUGGGGAUUGUGGAAGCGCAAUGCUUAUUGCCUCAGAUUCAUUUGAUAGCCUCGUAGGCAAUGACUAUGAAACCGAACUCGCUAUAAAGAAGAAAAAGAGUCACAUUAAUGAAAUCGUUCGCCAAGGUUCUUUUGAGCAAGAAGAUUCUUGUGGUGAACAAGCUGAUGUCAACCACAUCGGACCUUAUGGUGACGCAACAACUCCGUCCGCGAGCGAAGAAUCAAGUGGUGAACAGAGUGAUCCUUCAAUGACAAAAGAGCUCUCAGCUGUGUUAGAUGAAAUCAGCAAGUCUCCAGAUCAUGAUGACGACGAUGUGAAGACUCCGGAGUGGAAAGCUCAAUCAAAACAUGUCUUUAUUUUAAGUGAUUCUGGCAAACCUGUUUAUUCCAGGUACGGAAAUGAAGACAAACUUGUGACAGUGUUCGGUGUUAUGCAGGCAUUAGUUUCCUUUGUACAAGACUCAGCUCAUGAUUCAAUUCGCUCCCUAGUUGCAGGGGAGCACCGUAUAAUUUUCUUACAUCAUGAAAAUAUCAUUCUAGUUUGUGUAACACGUGGUAGUGAAUCUGACAGACUGAUAAGGAUACAGCUCAAUUACUUGUAUAAUCAAAUACUUAGUGUUUUAACUCUUAGUACAUUGAAAAAAAUAUUCAAACAGAGAAGAAACUAUGAUUUACGACGACAGUUGAGUGGAUCAGAGAAGUUUUUGGAUAGCUUAUUGACUAUGAUGGAGCGUGAGCCAGGGCUGUUGUUGAGUGCAGUGCGCUGUUUGCCGUUGGAGUGUCAGACCAGAGACAUGAUUGCUCAGAGCAUUGUGCAGCAUGCUAAGGUCAAGGACCUGGUGUUUGCACUGAUCAUUGCCAACAGCCAGCUGGUGACUCUCGUCCGUAUGAAGAAGUAUUUCCUCCAUCCGAUGGACCUGCACAUCAUCAUCAACCUCAUCAAUGCUGCUGAGUCUUUUAAGGCUGCUGAAUCAUGGACACCCAUAUGUCUUCCCAAGUUUGACUCCUCUGGGUUCCUUCAGGCUCACAUCUCGUACCUGGACGAGGCAUGUCAGACCUGUCUGCUUCUGCUCACUGUCGACAGAGACUCAUUUUUCACGCUCUCAGGGUGUAAAACCAAAAUUACAGAAAGGCUGAUAAAGUAUAACGGUCUGAAAGCAAUAAGUGAUUCACUGAGAAAGGACAGUUAUAAUAUAAGCAAGUGUGGGAUAUCGGACCUGCGUCAUUUCCUCUACAAGAACAAGAGCACCGCCCAAUACACGAGCCCGGAGCUGGAGGCGCCCUACCUGAGUCCCGGGGAGCAGGAGCGCCUGUUUGGGCUCUACCACUACCUGCAUAACCGGAUACACUCAUCUGCUAGGCCACUCAAGAUCCUAUAUCAUGUGGGACAGUAUGAGGCCUUGCUUGGAUGGGUAACACAGGGUUUUGAGUUGUAUGCCGUGUUCAGCCCUCUUGUGACCAAGUCCCUGGCCAUCAACGCCGUCAACAAACUGAUGGCCUGGAUACGGAAAGAAGCUAGUCGGCUCUUCAUCCUAGAAUCAGUCACCUUCUGAUUGCUCCGAAAUAUUGGCAUGAAGAUGCUUGAGGGGUGUAUUUGGCCUCAGUGUAAACAAGAAACAUGAAUGCUAGAAAGUGACAAGAUUACACUAAGGCACACUAUGUUACACUAGGGUGUUUAAGUAGUUUCAUGUAUGUGCUUCACAAUAGUAGGUGUAAAUUCAAGUCAUAACAAUGCAAUUUCUGUGAUACAAGUAGUUCAGUUGAUGCUUAUACUCAAAAAGUUGUUUAAAGUGUUGUCUGCCUGUUUUAAUACCAUAGGUUACAUGUAUAAGAAAACUCUAGAUAAAUAAAGUAUUUUUUCUCGGAUUAAUGAAAUCUUUUUAGUGCUAUUUCUUUGUAUAAUAAUUGCAGUAAAUGUUUAAAAUUAUUGACCUCUAGCAAUUAUUUUAGACUAUUUUAAUGAUUUAUGUGUUAAAUUGUUUUGUAUAUAAACUGUUACUGAUCA